GCAAAUCUCGACACUUUUGUUCCAGCUCGUGUGUUUAUCGUGUUUAAAUGCGUCGUCAGCAGUUGUUGAUUACGAUGUUGUUUCUUUUGUUGUAAAGUACCGCGAGAAGAACACAUUUGGAAGGUUGAUGUUGUUUAGAUAAAAUCGGAUGUCAGGGUUGCCCAUAACAACGCGGGGAGUGACUCAUCCAGGGAUGUGAAUGUAUCUCUUUACGCACAAGCAUCAUUUGCAGUGCGUAAGAACCUGAUAGGCAUUCAGAUCCUUCAUCAAAACAGACUCACUUGCGUAAGCUUUGGAGAGCGGUAAUACAUAGCCUAUAAUGCUGCAUUUUCACCACAAGUUGCCCAAGGGGGGAGCUGUGAUACUGCUCGCCUUCCUCCUCCACGGAUGCGCCGUGCAGGCUGCGUCUCUCCCCCGUCAGUACAGGCUCCGAGUCGGGGAAAGUGAUGGACAGCCGGCGGUCUACCCACCAGGCUCCGACAUGAUGAAAGCCCUGGAGUACAUCGAAAACCUAAAACAAAGGAACGGAGGUCGACCCGAACCUCUGGAUUACGAUGAAGUGGAUAAAUUCAAGUUCCUGCUUCAGUUGGCAUCGCAGCAGGACGAGGGUCUGGGGGAUCGCCAGCCUGCCCCCGGCGCGAAGAGGCCGGAAAUUACGGCUGAACAGCUUUUAAAAGCACUGCUCAAAACUCUGAGUGAUCAGGGAGGGAGAGACGUGAAGAUCAGCCCCGUAUCUGCGCCCAGGAACGACCGCCGCACUCACAGGCACCGCACCAAAGACACUGAAACCCCCGCGAGCGCACCGGUAGACUAUGAGAACUUCCCCAGACCCCACAAGAAGUACCCGCUCAUGUUUGAGGACGAGGAGAACGCAGAGGCGUCAAAGCGUGCCACGGAGGACCUGGACGAACAGUACACACCUCAGAGUCUGGCCAACCUGCGUUCCAUCUUUGAAGAGCUCGGAAGAAUGCCCACAGUCGGCGGCCAAAAGAGAGACGUGUUUGGGGAUGAAGAUGAGGAUGAUGACGAGGAGGAGAACGGUUUCAGCCUAAGAAGCCAGGCUUACGAUGAUGUGGUCGGAGGAGAAGAAUGGGUCCCCAUGGAGGAGAGGGAGGAGACGGAGGAGCUGGUCAACGGUAGUCAUGAAGAAAUGGCCAGGGCACUCGGCGACCAGGAGGAGGCGGAGAGGGAGGAGAUGCAACGCCGAGGCAGCCAGAACCAGGGGGAUGCUGAUGACGACACCAAGCUGGUAGAUUACUACCUGUUGAAGGUCCUGGAGAUGAGCGACCAGACACAGAAGAGAGACCAGACCGGGGAGCAGAGGAAACGGCUGAUCCGUCCCUCCAUCGUUGACCCUCGGACAGUGAAGGAGCUGCUGGAGCUCUCCCUGAAGCUCCACGUCCCUCCACAGGACCUCAUUGACAUGCUGCUCACACAUGAGCUCAGGAAGCUGCACCGUGAGCCACAAGCCUCGACGCGCUACACCACCGGCCAAACACCCAAGAUCAGGUACUUCAGCCGCAGGCUGCCUGUGAAGAGCAAGCCUCCCGCUGAAGACAUGGACAGAGAGGACUUUUUGGACAUCAUCGGAGUGGAAACCAUCAGCAACGAGUAUCCCGUGGUGCAGAGACCCAUGAAAACCUCUCCACCGUCAGACAGGAUCGUGGCUUCCAACCCCGUUGCAAAUUCUGGUCCCGUUAACAUCCCUCCUCCCUCCGGCCGCAGGGAGAACUUAUUUUUAUCCGAGCUCAAUAAAAUGCCCCUGAAACGCCAGGCCGCUGGUGCUGAUGAUGGGAACGAUGAUGACGAUGGGGACGUGGAAGACGAGGUGACCACCUACUUGGCGGCCAAAAUUCUCACAGAGUACCCAAACACCAUCUCCAAGAGGGAUACCCAGGCGCAACAGUUUCCCUACGAGCUGUACGAGCGGGCCAUGAAGGACUACCUGGGGCAGGUGGACAGUGUCAAGCGGCCGCUGGCUAAGAGGGACACCGAGGUGGCCACGGAGGAGAGGGUGACUCCCACGGAGAUGCAGGGGAGAGAGGAGGUUGCGGCCAAGACCUCGGCUCCACAGACCGUGAAUGACGAAGGGGAGCGCCGUGAAAUGACAGCGGCCGGGAUGUAGCCUGACACCCUGCAGGAAAACGCACGAAAUUCUGAAUAUAGUAUUUAUACUGUCUUAAAAAUAAAGUCUGGUGGACGUGA